GGCUGGGAGCCAAGGGAAGUGACUAGCUGGGUCGGUGGAGGGUGGGGUAGUGGAGUCAUCAUCCUGUGGGCUUGGUGUCGCCGCACACUGGGAACGAUGUCGGUGCUGCUGGCUCGCCCCGUGCGCUGCCUUCUGCGCGAUGCGCUCUGGGUCAUCCUCUGGGCCGCUUGUUGCGGUUACGCUGGGGCGCAGACAUACGUGGCAGAAGUGAACAUGGCAGGGGUGAGAGGCUCGGUGACCUUCGACAGUACACUGACCUCGGUGAAGCUAAACAUCUCUGGCAUGGGGUCGGAGAUACGGAGGCUGUCCGUACACACCUAUCCGGUGCUCUAUGGCCACUCCACCGAUCCCUGCAGCCAGCAGCUCGUUGGCGAAAUCCUCCAAAAUAUAAGCAUUGGCUCAAAUGACGGAGCGACCACUGUGAGUGCCCCGGAGCUGUUUACGAGUGUGCGGGUACUCGCUGACCAUUCUCUGCUCCUAUUUCGUGAUGGUGAGACGCAUUCCAGAGUGUGCGCCACCAUCCAAAACGCCCAGGGUCCUGUGCUCACGGCACAGGCCAAAUUCUUCGGUCCCGUCGCUGGGGUUGCCUACUUGAGGCAGGUCGAUGGCCGAGAGCUAAGGAUGAUCACCGAUCUUCUGUCACUCGGACAGACAAAUACGAAGACAGUGAGUGUACAUUUGGUGAACAUUACGGGUGAAGCUCAAGUGAUGCAGUGUGCCACUGUCAACCCAGCGUCGUCAAUUCAACUGGGAUCUGUCACCGUCGGUGCUUCUACCUUGUCAGUAAAAUCACACGUAGUUGUAAACCUUCCCUUUAGCGAUGUCAUUGGGCGUAUGUUGGUGAUAAAAGCGAGCGUUCAAAGCUGUGCAAAAAUAAUCCCGCUGAGUUUAAAGACCGCUAAAGCACAGGUCAACAUGAAUGGGGUGAAGGGUGAGUUUGUGUUUCAGCAAAGUUCCAUGUUUGAGUUGACCCAAGUCAGAGUCUCUCUGCAAAACCUCAGAGGCAUGGCCGGCCCUUACCACGUGCACAAUUUCCCAGUGCCUCAGCGUUAUGUUGCAGCAGAAAGCCUGUGCAUUGACCCCAAUGUGGGAGGCCACUGGAACCCAUUCAGUUUGGAUGUGCGUGGCCUUGACUACCCGAAAUUCGCAAAUGGAACCCACGACCAAUACGAAAUUGGAGACCUCAGCGGUCGGCAUGGCAGUUUGCUUGGCAACACUGUUGACAUCGCGUACAUGGACUGGAACUUGCCUCUCUUCGGUCCAAAUAGCAUUGUCGGUCGCUCCAUGGUGAUCCAUCACCCAAACACUUCCAGGUGGCUCUGUGCCUCGAUAGAACCAGAAGAAGAGUUUGUCACGGCCACGGCCUUAUUCAGGUUUCCUGUCGUGGGUCGGGUGCUUCUGCGGCAGCUGAAGAAUGACCCUUAUUCUGACGUCUACAUGUUCGUGGAAAUCGCGAAUGGCAAUGUGUCCUUACCCUCAACAUCCAACCACAAUUGGCACGUGCACGAGUUCCCCAUCAGCUUUGUGACAGACCUGGAUGAACACAUGUGCUCCAGCACAGGCGGCCACUUCAACCCACACGGAGUGAACACAAGCCAGAGCAUCUACAGCACCGAGUGCCGCCCAGACAACCCAUAUCGCUGCGAGGCCGGGGACUAUGCUGGGAAGCACGGCAAGAUCUUCAUAAGCAACAGACUGGGCACUGUCACAUCCAAGUACUUUUUUACCGACACCACCUCUUCUCUCGUGGGGUCGAACUCUAUCCUGGGUCACUCUUUUGUCAUCCACGACCCAGACGCUGGGCUGGGACGCCUGGCCUGCGCCAACAUCACCCUGCUGAGAGCCGUCACCAUUAGGACGGGCGAGUGGAGAGGCGGUGGCACGGUGCAGGGCCAGAUGGUGUUCACGCAGCCCUCCGACCUUGACUCCACGUCCGUACUGGUCCAGUUCUCCAACCUGCAGAAGGCGGUGUCCGGGCUGCAUGUCCACAUGCUGUCGAUGCCGAGGUCACUGCCGCCCAGUGACCCUGCGGUGUGUGCCGACCGGGCCGUGCGUGGGCACUUCAACCCCUUCUCGGUGGACAUUGUGGUGGGGCCUGCGCCUGGAAAUGGGACGACCGACCAGUACGAGGUCGGCGACAUCAGUGGGAAAUUUGGGCCGCUGAGGGACCUAGAUCAGAGGGAAGGGAACUACUCCGACACGAACCUCCCUCUCUCAGGCAUCAACAGCAUUGCCGGGAGGUCUGUGGUAAUCCACAGAAACAAUGGCUCCAGGUUGCAGUGCGCCGACUUGGGCAGGGAGAAGCAAGCUGAGGCCGAGUGGCUGAGAGCCCGCGUGUCUUUCGGCGACAAAAUCAACGGCACCAUUUUGCUGUCCCAGCUGGUGUAUCCAGACGGCAGUGGUUCCGACACCACUAUAGAGGUGGAUCUGCAGUACGACAAUCCCAAGGCCCAGGGGUACAGAUGGCAGGUUCAUAAUGACUCCGAAGCAGUGAGCAGCAGCACGGUGCGGUGUUCCUGGUUAGGAGUGCUCUACAACCCUUAUAACGUCUACUCAGGGGAGGGUGAGGGGAGGAGCUGCGACACAAGCCGGCCCUUUCACUGCGAGAUGGGAGAUCUGACGAGCAAGCAGGGACCUCUGCCCUUGGGAUCCCGCGUCGUCUUCAACGAGGCAAACCUGCCGCUUGGUGGAGAUGCCACGGUGGUGGGGCGCUCGCUGGCCGUGUGGGACGGCACACCCGUGGGAGCGAUCCUGGACUGCGGCACCAUCGCCCCGGCUGACGGCGCAGCAUCCGCCACUCUGUCCUUCCCCAGGGGCGUCGUCUACAGCAGAUAUGAGUUGAGACGGACAAUAGCCGGCGCGCUGAACAUCGCCGUGUGGAGGGUGUCCUUACUGCCGGACACCUCAAGCUCCCUGCGCGUGUCUUCACCUUGCCAAAACAUCACCUUUUUGGUCGCAGGUGACGUGGAUUUACGGUUGCUGGAGGCCAUCUCAUUCAGUAACGAUCUCGGAAAGUUCUCCGCAACAAAGCGCUGCCAAGGAAAUGGAGCUGGUGGUGCAGUCGGAAGCACUGGAGUUCAACCCCUGACAAUAAUCAUCGUCACUCUCGUCGCCAUGAUCAUCCAGUAAACAAGAUACGUGCGUCGAUCCAUUUACAGAUACACCACUACAAUAAUAAGCGGAAAAUAAGCACUUGUCGAUUGCAAUUGCGGGUUGUUAACCAUGUCAUCCUGUGCACGUGAUACAUUCACCAAACUUUAAAUGAAAAUUGUUAAUAAUUUCCCUUUGUGGUGGCGCGGCGGUCCAAUUUCUUUGUGGGAAUAUUUUCUGUCCGUGCGUGAGAAUCGGAUUUCGUGACAUUCCAUCCACGUUACCGCCUUCCUUCUCAGUCCCUCUCUGCAAUAUGGAGCCAGCACACGAUAUUAAAUUGCCUGUUGAGAUUUAAAAAAAAAAAACACCAUGAGGGCUCAUUAUAUAUCAGUGGGGUAUCUCUAAAUUAGCUCUAUACAGUACUAUACUCCUUGGUACUUUCGGUAAAGUCACGUAGGUAUAAAAAUAAAAUACAUUUUAUCACGACGUGAUUCCAUUUUUAUAGACCUAUAUAGCCUCUUGUUACAGCAGCUCUUUUGUCCACUUCAGCAAUUGUUUCUUGCUGUGGUUGUCCCACCUGAUGACGGACGCUUGUGUUGCGCCCAAAACGUCGUGAUUAAAUUUAUUUAAUUUUUAUACAUACCACGUGACUUUACCGAAAGAACCAAGGGGUAUGGAUCCCUGCAGUCACGAAAACUUCAAAUCUAGAUUACUAUACAGUACUAAUUUGAUCAAUGGACAAAAACAAAUACUUUAGAUAUUCCCCUCGCCAAUGCUGUCGAGGUGUUGGUGUAUGUGACCCACCAUUGCCACGUCAUUCUUACAGGCCGAGUUGACUCAAAUUUACGUUUAAAGCGUCACACUCAGCAUAAGCUCCAUGUCCAAGUGGAAUAAAUAUAUUGAAGGGAGGGUCAGCAGAAGAACACCUUUGAAACGCGAUCACGGCCAUUAAUGCUGUGCACAGGUGCAUACAAUCGAGUCGCUGUGCAACGGCCGGUGUUGGCCUGUGCAUUUGUGUGAUUUUCCUUAAAGCUGCAGUGCUACGCCGCAUAUAUGACUCGCUGGGGACCGGGGUAUAGGUGGAUAUCUGAAAAGGUCGGAUAUGUAAACAUCGAGGGGGAAAGGGCAAUUGCGCCAUGCACAAAUAGGUCACCGGACCAACAACAAAGCGCAGGCCGCUUUAAAUGUGAGCACAUGAUUAACUGUGAUUUGGAAGUAACUGCACACGAGAUUUAGAAGACAUUACUGUUUGUGGAAAAGUCAGAUGUGUGAACAUCAAUGGAACAUGACGGUUACACCUUGCACAAACACUGGGGUGUGGGCGGUUCAUUGGUCAGGAUGGAUACGUGAUGGUUGGAUAUGCAUUGGAUAAUUGACAUUGGAACAGUUCAGUCAAUCAGAUUCUUCUAGAUGUAAUUUCCUGAAAAAUAUAAAUACAAAAUUCUCUAUAUACUAUUAUAUACUUAUAAUAAUCCUGUAUGUGUAGGUAAAAAAAAACACAUCUUCAUUCCUUUUUGGUGGAUUGUAUAUUGUCACAGAUUCUGUAUAUUUAGGUUGUGUAUAUAUGGUAGAUUGCCAGAGCUGAAUAUUUUGACAUCACGGUUUUUUAUGUUAAACAACAACUAGAAGACAUUUUUAUUCAUUGUAAAUUAUGCAUUACAUCACUUAUUGUGUUAAAAUAUAACUGGUGUUCUGUUGAAAAAGUAGUCUGACGGGUUUUGUUUUACUUUAUGAUAAAUGCUGUAUUGUUAUGUGAUAUCACCCCAAGUAGAAGUGCUUCAAAUUUGUUGGAAUUAAUCCUGUGGUGUACAUUAAUAAAAAUGUAUAUUUUUUA